UGCUUUGCCCGGCCACUUGGCUAAUUUUGGAGCCCGCGCCUGCUGCUCCUCCCAGGUCUGUGAGGAGUUACGGAGUUAGGGGCUUGCUUGCGUCCCCAGUAGUCAGCCAACUCCUUGUUCCGAGCUCCCGCGUUGGCCCGGUCUUUUUCCCUCCUUGGCUCUGUGCAGUGCUGUAGAGGCUGGAGGCAGCUGCAGAGAUCCGCCAUCCUGCUGGGGUCCGCUUUCAGGGGAACAUCACACUGGAGAGGCAAAAGGAGUGGAAGAGCCUGUCUUGGAGAUUUUCCCGGGGAAACCCUGAGGCCAUUCAUUAUGAUGUGUACAGCACGGGAGUGGCUCAGAGUGACCGCCCUGCUAUUCGUGGCUAGAGCUGUUCCAGCUAUGGUGGUUCCUAAUGCCACUUUGUUGGAGAAACUUUUGGAAAAGUACAUGGAUGAGGAUGGUGAAUGGUGGACAGCUAAGCAGAGAGGGAAAAGAGCCAUCACAGACAAUGACAUGCAGAGCAUCUUGGAUCUCCAUAAUAAACUGAGAAGUCAGGUGUACCCAACGGCUUCUAAUAUGGAGUAUAUGACGUGGGAUGUGGAGCUGGAAAGAUCUGCAGAAUCCUGGGCUGAAACAUGUCUCUGGGAGCAUGGACCUGCCAGCCUGCUGCCCUCCAUUGGACAGAAUUUGGGAGCACACUGGGGAAGAUAUCGACCCCCUACAUUUCAUGUACAAGCAUGGUAUGAUGAAGUGAGAGAUUUUAGCUACCCGUAUGAACAUGAGUGCAACCCUUACUGUCCUUUCAGAUGCUCUGGCCCUGUUUGUACGCACUACACUCAGGUGGUGUGGGCAACUAGUAGCAGGAUAGGCUGUGCCAUCAACCUGUGCCACAACAUGAACAUCUGGGGGCAGAUAUGGCCCAAGGCCGUCUACUUGGUGUGCAAUUAUUCUCCCAAGGGAAACUGGUGGGGCCACGCACCUUACAAGCAUGGAAGGCCUUGCUCUGCUUGCCCGCCCAGUUUUGGAGGAGGCUGUAGAGAAAACUUGUGCUACAAAGAAGGGUCAGACAGGUAUUACACCCCUCGAGAAGAAGAAACGAAUGAAAUUGAGCGGCAGCAGGCUCAGGUCCAUGACACGCAUGUUCGGACAAGAUCAGAUGAGAGUAACAGGAAUGAAGUCAUCAGCACUCAGCAGAUGUCUCAGAUUGUUUCUUGUGAAGUAAGAUUGCGAGACCAGUGUAAAGGGACCACCUGCAACAGGUACGAGUGCCCUGCUGGCUGCUUGGACAGUAAAGCUAAAGUCAUUGGGAGUGUACAUUAUGAAAUGCAAUCCAGUAUCUGCCGGGCGGCCAUCCACUAUGGGAUAAUAGACAAUGAAGGCGGGUGGGUAGACGUCACUAGACAAGGAAGGAAGCAUUACUUCAUCAAAUCCAACAGAAAUGGCGUUCAGACAAUUGGCAAAUAUCAUUCCGCUAAUUCUUUCACAGUCUCUAAAGUAACAGUUCAAGCUGUGACAUGUGAAACUACAGUGGAGGAGCUCUGUCCUUUCCAUAAACCGGCUUCUCAUUGCCCAAGAGUAUACUGUCCCCGAAACUGUAUGCAGGCAAAUCCACAUUAUGCUCGAGUAAUUGGAUCUAGAAUUUAUUCGGAUCUGUCUAGUAUCUGCCGAGCGGCGGUCCACGCUGGGGUGGUUCGAAAUCAUGGUGGCUAUGUGGAUGUCAUGCCUGUGGACAAAAGAAAGAUGUACAUUGCUUCUUUUCAGAAUGGGAUCUUCUCAGAAAGUUUACAGAACCCUGCAGGAGGAAAGGCAUUCCGGGUAUUCGCUGUGGUCUGACAGAGAACAC